AUGGCAACACAAGAAUCGUCUAAUAACGAGACUACCAUAACACAAUUAUUUGGUGAUGUCGAAAGAUUGGUGAAUCAAGAAGAAUAUUCAAAGGCCUUGAGGUCCAUCGAUAAAAUACUUCAAUUAAAUCCCACGGAUAACGAUUCACUUUAUUGUAAAGUGAUCACAUACAUUCGACUUGAAAAGUAUCAAAAUGCAUUAGAUCUUAUCAAUAAAAAGUUUUCAAAUGAUGAUCAAUUGAUUUUUGAAAAGGCCUAUUGCCUUUAUCGAUUAAAUCGUUUAACGGAUGUAAUAGAACUUUUAAGUAAAUAUCAUUCUAAAGGAAAUAAUGAUUUCGGAACGAGACAUUUGGAAGCACAAGUGGUUCAAAUUUGUAAAAAAUCUUUAACAGAAGAAGAUUAUAGUGAACAAGAAGUUGAACAAGAAUUAAGUACUAUCAAUGUACAAUUGGCAUACGUUUAUCAACUUCAAGGUCGAAUUUCUGAAGCAAUUGAAAUUUAUCAAUCCGUACUCAAAUUAAAGAGUACUGAUAUAACUGUAUCCGCUAUAGCUUCUAAUAAUUUGGUUGCAGCUAAUAAAGAUACUGAAUUAUUCGAUUCUGCUCGUAAAAUCAAAGUUGCAAGAUCGAAUGUAUUAGAAACUAAAUUAUAUAAAUUUCAACGUCGCACAAUUGCAACAAAUGAAGCAUUAUUGUUGUUAUAUAUGCAUAAGUAUUCAACAUGUCAAGAUGCAGUACGCAAAUUAUUACAAAUUUAUCCCGAAAAUGAUGAUCUUUAUUUAAUUUUAGCUUCAACAUCUUAUCAUCAAAAGAAACCUACCAAAACCAUUCAAGAUUUACAAGAAUUUAUUAAAUCUAAUCCAUUUUCUUUAUAUAUUAAUUUUGCUCUCAUUCAAUUACAAAUUUUACAAUCUAAUCCAAUGACCGCUUUAUCAACUUUAGAAAAUUAUUUACUUUUAAUUAAAGAUGAUUCGGAAAAAUAUAAACCUGGUUAUGUGGGAUUAUUGGUUUGGUUAUAUGAACAAGUUGGAAAAUCUGAAAAAGCUGUUCAAACUUUAGAGAAAGCUGGAAAUUUUUGGAAGAGUGGAUCAGAUGAAAGUACUUCCAUUCUUAAACAAACUGCCGCUUUCAAACUAAAGACUGGACGUUAUCAAGAAGCUGCAAAAGAUUAUGAACAACUUGUUAAAAAUGAUCCUUUAAAUUCUCAAGCAUUAGCUGGUCUCAUUAUCGCUUAUUCCCAUUAUAAUAUUUCCCUGGCUGAAAAAUAUGAAAGUUCUUUACCUGACAUUAAUAAUAUUAAUAUUAAUAUUGAUGUGGAAUCCCUGGAAAAAAUUGUACCAGGGGUAAAGAAAAGUUAUAUAAAAAAAACUGAUACCAAAAGCAGUGAAGAUCCAUCUAAAUUGACCUCUAAUAAAAAUAAGAAAAAGAAAAAGCGUAAACCUUUAUUGCCAAAAAAUUAUGAUCAAAAUGUAAAACCAGAUCCGGAACGUUGGUUACCAAAAUAUGAGAGAUCUACUUAUAAAGCUAAAGGAAAAAGAAAACAACAAUUAUCAAAAGGUCCUCAAGGUGCUGCGGUUUCUGGUGGUGGAGGUGGAACAACAGGAAGUGCUAAUAUUUUUGGAAAAAGUAAUGUCUCUUCUUCAACAUCAUCUGAGAAUAUUGUUACUUCGACAACAGUUCAAGAACAACAGCAACAACAAACUCCUCCAAAACAAACCCCUCCGAAAUCAAAGAGUGGCGGUGAUAAAAACAAAAAGAAGAAAAAGAAAGGAGGUAACAAGUGGUAA